AUGGUCAAUUUUUGCCCAAAUGGACUUAGUAAUGCGACGUCAGUUUUUGAGCGCCAGGUGGCUACAGCACUUCAUGAAUUUACUCACGCGCUUAGGUCUUCAUCUCGCUUCUUUCCGCUGAUGCGACACGAAGAUGGUACACGAAGAACUCCACGAGAUGGCGAAGGAAAUCCGCCAACGCACUCAUCGGGAGUAUGUCCAAAUGGCAAAAAUAUUACUUACUAUGUGGAACCUUCGAGCCAAACGAUAAAAUUUUCAACCGAACGGAACCAUGUCGUUGCAAAAAUGGUUACUCCUCAUGUUCGCAAAUUUGUAAGAGACCACUUUAAUUGUUCCACGCUCAAAGGCGGUGAGAUCGAGUCCCAGGACGGUGAAUGUCUUGGAUCACACUGGGAAGAGCGACUUUUUGAGCCCGAGGAUAUGACACCAGUCAGCAGUUAUCGCAACGUUUUUAGCGGUCUCACAUUAGCUUUCUUUGUAGAUUCAGGAUGGUAUCGAGUUAAUCUGUCAACAUCAGAGGUCUUGCAUUUCGGACGGAAAAAAGGCUGCAUAUUUGCGACUGAAAAGUGCAUCAAUCCUGCAACGCAGGCUCCUUUAGCUUCGGACCACUUUUGCACAACAUCCGUAAACGAAUUCCAGGGCUGCUCGAUCGAUGCCACGUCGUGUGCUUUAUGUUCCCUGAGCACAAAAAAGCCUGUCGAUCCUAACGGAGUAUCAAUACUUAUCAAAUAUUUCCACAAAAGGCGGAUCAAACAGCUACGCAGACUUUUGUCCGCUCAUAGUGGGCUAUACUGGAGGUGA